UUCCCCAGAUACCCUGGUUUGUAUUUUUGCAAUUAUGUUUUUGUUUUCGGCCGUUCACCAACAAGAUACUGAAUUUAAAGAGAUACUCAAACGGCAAACAGCACUCUGAGUAAAAGAACUGCGGUUGCAGAAAAAAACAGCCAUUUAACUCGUUAACAGUAUUAGCUUCAAUUAGUGCACUUCGCAUCGCGUUGCUCAAUCUGUCUGAAGUCGUUGACUAUAGGAGGAGUUGAGCAAUGAAGCCCCGUGUCGUACGCAGUCGAAUCCGUCAGCAGGAGCUGAACCCGGUAUUCCACUGGCAGGACAAGGCCGAGGAUGACAAAGUGCUGAGCAAAAUCAAGAUCAAGCAAGCGCUCAAGUCCGGAGUGCUGAACCUUUCCGGGCAGGGAUUGGCCACGGUGCCGGAGAAGGUGUGGAAUCUGAGCGAUUCGGAGGAUUGCGACAAGGAGGUGCGGUAUGAUCUGGACCGGUCUAAUGAGGAAGAAAGCUGGUGGAACCAGAAAACGCUGACCAAUUUGGACUUGAGUUCGAAUGCGCUGACCUGCAUAAGUGAGAAUGUGAAGAAUUUGGGCGAUCUGACGGUGCUGAACUUGCAAGAUAACGCACUAACCAGCCUCCCGGACGGUAUCGGCUGCCUUACCAAACUAACCAAGAUAAACAUUAGCCGUAACAAGCUCACCGAGCUGCCGGAGAGUUUCUUCGAGCUGAAGGAACUGAAGGUGCUCAGCCUGGCGCACAAUGACUUCUCCGAAAUCCACAGCAACGUGAGCGACCUGAUCAUGCUGGAAGUGCUGGACAUUUCCUUUAACAGUCUUAACUCGCUCCCGGGCGGCAUUGGGUUUCUGGUGCGACUGCAACAGCUAACGCUCAAUAACAACCGGCUCAUAGAGCUACCGAACGAUAUCGUCAAUUUGAGAAACCUCCACAAAAUGGACCUGGCGAAGAACGAUUUGAAGCAACUACCGCCCGUGAUGGGCGAACUCCGCAAGCUGGAAUGUCUGUACGUGCAGCACAACGAUGUGGUAGAGCUGCCGGACUUCACCGGUUGCGAUGCUCUGAAAGAAAUCCACAUUUCGAAUAACUUCAUCAAAUUCAUCCCGGCGGACUUCUGCGAAAAUCUGCCGCAGCUGAAGGUUCUGGAUCUGCGUGACAACAAGAUCGAGAAGCUGCCGGAUGAGAUAUCGAUGCUGGCUAGCCUGACCCGGUUGGAUCUGUCGAACAACUCGAUCAGUAGUUUGCCGUCUUGUUUGUCGACGUUGGCUCACUUGGUGAGCUUGCAGGUGGAGGGAAAUCCGAUCAGGUCGAUCCGGAGGGAUAUCAUCCAGUGUGGAACGCAGAGGAUUCUGAAGACGCUUCGGGAACGGGAUGGUCCAGGAAAGGGGGGCCCCGAGAAUGUGAAGGCUCCGUUUGAGGAGAGCACUUUUCCGGACGUUUAUCAGAUGAAGAAGGGAAGGUCGAUGAUUGUGAGUAAUAAGAAUUUGAUUGAUGUUCCGGAGCAAGUGUUUCUGGACGCUGCGGAGGCUUCGGUGUACAAUGUGGACAUCAGCAAGAACAAACUGGGCGAGGUUCCUUCUGGAAUUACACAUUUGGCAGAUCAACUGACGGAGCUUAACAUCAGUUUCAACCUUCUCAAAACGAUUCCCAUGUUCUUUUCGCGGUUCGAGAGAAUCAGUUAUCUAAACAUUUCCAACAACUUGCUGGCUGAUCUACCGGAAGUCGUUGGCUUGUUGGUUACAUUGCGGGAACUGAAUGUGGCCAACAAUCAGUUGAAGCGUAUUCCGCCGAGCGUUUACGAAUUGAAGGGGCUGGAGAUCUUGCUGGCCCGUGAUAACAAGAUAGAGGAAAUCGAUGCCACAGAGAGUGGACUGGCCGCACUGCCUCGACUGGCAACGCUGGAUUUGGCCAACAACAACAUCAAGCAAGUGCCACCAGUUUUGGGGCUGCUGAAGAACAUCACCACACUUGAAUUGAUCGGAAACGGCUUUCGACAGCCGCGCCACCAGAUACUGGAAAAAGGAACGGAAUCAAUCAUGGCUUACCUGCGGGAUCGCAUUCCUACUUAAAGGAGUUCACGCCAAGUCGCACACGAGAUUACGCAUAGCUUGCAUGCUUUUAGUCACUCGCAAGAGGAAAAAAUACAACCAUACUAAAGAUAUAGGCAUUUUUAUACUUAGAAUACUUUAUUGAUAGAAGCACACCGCUUUGGGGCACGAUUCGUAGCAGAAUUGGAUCGUUAGCCUAAAAUUUAUCGUUGUUGAGCUGGGAAACAUAAAGGCAUGGAAACGUGCCGCUAGUACAAU